AUAUGUAUGUCCUAAUAUUGUCGCAGUUGAUGUUCGCAGCAAACGUGUUAAGUCAGACGCCUGAUACUAAAGUAUUAGCAAAAUAUGAUCCAGCAGAAUUGCUAAGAAAAAUCUUCAACACAAACGAUACAAAUACCAUAUUACCUAGAGCUUAUGGCUUAAUACAAUUCGAGGGCCAAACAUUGCGACCAAAUUUCGUCAAUUUCGAAACAGAUAAUCAAGAGGUCAAAAAUGAUGAUAUUUACACACACGAUACUGUUAAAUUUCAAAACGACGAACCCACGUAUAAUAAUAAUGCCCAAUACCAAAAUACCAAAGAUGGUUCUAGAAAGAAGAGGCGUAGGAAGAGAAAGCCUAAGCAAUAUAACUAUGGCCUACAAGAUCCGAGUAGUCCUUAUAGCCCUGAAUUUGGCCCUGUACCGUAUCCAACGUAUCCGGGACAAUAUUAUAGACCGCCUCGCCCACGACCGUCUCUCGCUUCAGAAGCCCUAUCAGCGGUGACCGGAGCCCUAACAUCCAUCGCCAAGUAUGACGACUACCAGUGCGUGCCGCGACUGCUGUGCGAGGCGGCGGCGGGCGGCGCGCUCGGCAACUCGGGGAUAUUGCAGACUGUGUCAGGGCUGCAGCCUUUACUGACACUUCUAUCAGCGUACAACGGUGUGACCAGCAAUCCGCUAUUCGUGUUCGGUCGCGCCGCGCUGCUUGGUGCCUCAUCUGAUAGCAGUCCUUCCACGUGCCGGUACGCGUAUCCGCUGUGUCCCACCGACCCUGAGCAACUGGUCCAUUAUCUGAACAACCAUAAUGGAGGAUUCUUCAGGUUCUUCAGCGCACCACAGCAAGGACAGCAGGACGUUGAACAGUUCUACAACCAACUGUCGCAAAACUACGGUCUUUAUGACCCCAACCAGGGUUACGAUCCGAUUGGUAAUCAACAAAACUAUGGAUUACAUAACCAACAGAAUUAUGGCUACUACAGACCAGGUCUUUAUUCUAAUUACGACCAAAAUUAUGGAAACCGCUACCCUUAUCAAAAUAAUCAACACAUUCGUUUCAAAAACAAUGACAAUUUCAGCGAAAGUUCUAAUAAAAUCGAAAAACGUAUUCAAAACAAACCAAAUACAUUUUACAUUGACGAUUUAGAAGAUGAAAAUCCAAAAUGGACGUUUCCAGAAGGCAAUGUAAAGCCAGUUAAUUAUGCAAACAACCAGGAAUUUAAUUCAUAUAGCUCUUAUGAUAGUAAUGAUAAUAGAAUAAAUCAAAAUUACCUUUAUAAUAGUAAUCGAUUUAAUGAUAAUAGAAAAGGCAAAACUUUAAAGUUUCCGGGAGCCAAAAAUGAGGAAGAUUACUUACAAACUAAUUUAGAUAAUAAACCUGGUCAUUUUUUCCCGGAUCAGAGCAAUGCACAAUAUCUAGAAUAUAAUACAGCGACGCAUUAUAAUCAUGGUAACAAAUAUGACCAUUUACAAUAUUUAAAUUCAGAUUAUAAUAAAUAUGAUAAUAAACAAGACUAUUAUGCUCAACUAAAUCAGAAUUAUGAUAACAAAUAUGUGAACAAUGUUAAUGCUAAUCCAUAUUAUACAAAUAAUAAUAAAUAUUACAAUCAUAAUAACGGUUACAUAAAUAAUAAUAAAUAUAGCAAUUAUAAUAACGAUUUUCAAAAUGGAGUGCAAACAGUUUACGUUGUUAGAGGUAACGGUGAUCCAAACAAUCCUGAAGUUUAUAAACUAAGACCAGGACAAACCAUACAAUAAAGGGGAAUAUAAACACAUAUACUCAUAAAUCAACCACACACACACACUAAAAUUAUAAAGGCGUGUGUGUGUGUUUAUGUUUGAUACUCCUGCACACCACAAAUACAGAACCGAUUUAGAGAUAGGCUACUUCUAAAUCAGGUUAAUCCAUAGUCCUCACGGGAUUUGUGAAAAAUGUAAUUUCAUGCAAAAUUGUGUCGUAUAGGAAAUCAUAAAUUACAUCGUAAACCGGUAACCUAACCAAAAUAA